UAUGCGCAUACUCCACCUUCUUGAAUUCUUCAAUAACCGCCAAAUGAGCUACGGUAUCAGAAUGUCGUAGUUCAUUGCUUUAAAACCCAAAUCACUCACUGGAUAUUGUAAUCUCUGAUCUAAAAAAAAUAUGAGAUGGUCAUGUCAGAAGAACUUUUGAACAAACAACUACUAAAUCAGAAAUCUAGUAAAUCUGCCAAAGGAAGCUUCGAACACCUGAAGACAAAAGACGCUUUGAAUGAUGUGAGAACACAAAAUCGUAAUAAAUAAGCAAAAAACAAUACGCAAGUAUUCUUUGUAAUUCUAGGAUAAUCUAUAUACAAUGUUACUUUUCCUGAGUUAUGAAAAUGAAAGAAUAUCGUGUAAUAUUUCAACUGACAUAACUGUGAAACAGGCGAAAGAUUAUGUGUCACCGAAAUUCGGACUGAGUUCUUCUGCCUUCAAAGAACAACAGAAAGUUCUGGCCUUGAAGUUUGCUGGUUCUGAACUAAAUGAUUCAUGGAUAAUUGGCGAUCUGAAAAUUGUACCAGGUUCCACGAUAAAAUUAGUUUUGAAAACGGCUAAUCGUCCCUCUUUGUAUGUCUACUGUCGGUACAACAAUGAGACAUUUUCCAUUGAUAAUAUCAACUGGAUUAGUGAAAUGCAAGUUUCAGAACUUCGACAAAGAAUAUCUGAACACACUGGGCUUCCUGUGUCCGUAUCACGACUAAUAAGUCCAGGGGGGCAGGAAAUGUAUGAUUCAUAUCGCCUUUAUGAUUAUAACAUAUUUAAUGGAAUGCGUGUUGUCAUGGAAACGUGGGAUGGUUGGAAUGACUUUCUUCAUUAUGCUAUUGCUGGUCAAACCAAAUCUGUUCUAUCAUCCAUUUCAUCUGACGAGGUUAUAGCAAAAUUUCAACUUAAAGUCGCUUUGUAUAUAUCUGCCCAUUUUGGAAACGUAGAUUUGGCUUCUUAUGUAAUGAAGAUGGGUGUCAGAUCAGAUGAACCAAUUGGAGAACAUCCUUCAAGACAGUGGUGUUAUGAACACUCUAAUAUCUAUUGCUUGAAGGCACCUGUUCAUGAAGCUUCUUAUCAGGGACAGUAUGUGCUCUUACGCCUUUUUGUAUCACAUGAUAUAUGCUGCUUGUUGGCCAAAGACGGUUUCGGUCAAAACGCUUUAGCAAUCAGUUUGCAUCGGAAAAUGAAACAAUGUGCUUCCUUUUUACUUGCCAAGCAAUGGACUAAGGUCCAAAUUUCUAAAGAAUUAGCGCUUCCUGUUAUAUUAUAUUCUAAAAUGCUACUCUGGGCCGAUCGAGCAAAAAAUCAAGUUUUACUCACUAAAGGGCCAGAGAAAUCAUCUAUCAAAAUAGGUAAUAAGAAUAAAGGUCCACUAGUCACAUUUGGUGUCUUAGUAGAUGGCUAUUCGCCAAGUCAAAUUAAUAGUAGACCUAUUCCUCAAAAUAAGAAAUAUAGUCAAAGACUCGUUAGAAGUUCUUUACAUAUAAAUAAUGAAAGAUAUCAUCAUAAUAUACAUUCCUCGAGAGGUCGUCGAGAAAAUACGUCAGAAUGCUCAACAAGAAAACGAACUGCAAAACAUACGAUAAAAUAUUUGCCCACAAAUGAACCCACAAUCAAAUCACCAAAUCGUAAACGGCCUGAAAAGUCCUCUCCAACAUUAUCGGCUGAAAGCAAUAGUAACCAAAUCCAAAAUCUUCAUAGUAAUACUCUAAAGCUCCCAAAAAUUGAAUUGAGUGAAAACAAAACAGACAGUGAAAGCGAACGAGUAAAAUCUUGUUCGAGUGCAGAACUCAAUUCAGAUGGUGUUAUUCCAUCGAUAGAAAAAAGUGACGAGACACCUACUCUACCUAAAUUAAAUAUAGAAACAGAAAAGUUUUCCAGUGGUCUUCCAGUAAAUAACAAAAUUGAUAAAGUUCAAAAAACUGAAAAUGGUGGUAAAAACAAUAAGAACGAUUCUUCUUCUAAACUGUUGCCGCAUCGAUCUAACAAAACCCAUAAAUAUCGCCCCUUUUUUUAUUAUCCAGGUAGCAGGGACAAGAUUGUCCAAGAAACAUUGGCAAGCUAUGAAAAGUAUCAAAACCUUCAACCAUUACAACGUGCUGCCAAAGCUCUUAGUAUUGCAGAAACAUUUAAGGAGAAACCAUUUCUUUUACGGUUAAAGAUUGCCAUGGCUCUUGAUGAAGGUCCAAUUAAAAGAUUUCCUCUUCCAAAGUGAUAAAACCAAGGCCAACAAAUAAUCAGAGAUAACUUAAAGAGAAGUGUCACCAAAGUAUAUAAUAUCAUAUAAAAUGUGUAUUACAUCCUUUGUCCUUUCACGGCAAAUGCAAAUCCCAUGAUUCGUCAAUCAAGAACGGAUACAUAGCAAAAUUAAAACAACAUUGAUGCUACAGCAGAUAAAUCUGUUAUUUCCGGAUGUAAAAGCAAAGUAAUCUUACAUUAAAAUCUAAUUAAGAGACUGAUCGGAACAAACCCAGAAUAACGAAUUGUAAUGGUCACGAAACAGAACUUUCCAUGAAAUGAGAAAUCUGACAAUAGAGAUUAAUCUUGGAAAGAAAAUUAUGGAUAAACUUAUAUUCCAUAUAAUCUGUGAAGAAAAUCCUAAUAUACAAUAUUAAAUAUGCAUCAAGAUUAUCAAGAAUUAUACAUUUAAUGAUGUAUAGAGGGAAUUUGACGGAAUUGAUUAAACUAAUUGAUUGCAUUUAUGGAAAUGUUUAUUGUGGUCUUGGAUCAAUGCAUAUGAGAUAUUCAACUUAAUUAAAUGGUUCUUCUCAAUACUUUAACUUAGAAACGCGCGGCGAGAAAAAUGCUUAGUGGCAUUUCGUCGGUUUUUAUGUUCUGAGUUCAAAUUCCGUCAAGAUCGACUUUGCCUUUAAUGCUUUUGGGGUCGAUGAAAUAAGUACCAGUUGAGGACUGGAGUCGAUAUAAUCAACUUACCACCUCCCCUGAAAUUGCUGGCCUUGUGCCAAAAUUUGAAACCAACAUUAAAACUUGUAAAACGUUGCUAUGGAUAAGAUAACCUCAUGUUUCAGCCCCUGUUUUAAACCAUUUCAUCUCACAAACUCCACUAAAGCUCUAGGGAAAGGAAUCAACGUCACGUCUUUUGAUUCCAUUUUUCUUCAAAAUUCCUAAACAAUUUGAUAUCAAUGCCGUUGUUUUCAAUAUGGACGGUACCGUAAAGUUCCAGGAGAGCCGAGAACGCUACGCAGUUUCGAUCGUUAUUGGAAGUUGUACCGCUUCCUUUUAUGCUACUGAUGUCUUUGACAAAGAUAUGAACAUCGUAUUAUUCCAUUCCUGUUUCCUUUAAAUAUGUGGAAUUUUAAAACUGAAUAAAAGAAAGCUAUAUUUAUUCUUCAAAGGAUAUAGCUGUCAUAAAACGCCUACAAUUCGGAUCUGAAAAUUCCAUUCUAUGAUACUCAUAAAGGUCAUACUCCAUACACAUUAUUCUGAAUUAAUAGUCCUUAAGCUUUUUUGCUUAGUAACGUCUUUUAAAUAUAUGUUAGAGCUAAAGCUAAUGCUUCCCACCCCCA